GCAGGGGACUAUUUUUACAAGGUGCCCCGCAUUAGAGACACCCCUGUCGAGAGAGUUUGAUGUGUGACCACCAGUAGGUCUAAAUAAGAUGUUUCAGCGACAGCAGAGAGGAUUAAAUGUGAGCUAGCAUCGAUCCGCUCGGACAACAGUCAGCAUCUCCGUUGAAACCACGUGUUUUCUCGUCCACAGUAAAUCUGUAAAGGGUUAAAGAUCAUCUCGGCAGCAGAUUCACAUUCAGCAGGUCUGCUCUCUGCUCUCCAGCAGCUGCAUCGCUCCGCGGGCAGCGCUGGCUCGCUCCGAUAUUUCAACUCGCUGUGGAUUGUGGGAGUCGAGGACUCUGCCCAGGCUUGUUACCGGAGAACCGGAGACAUUUUUACGCCGUACCCUGUUCUAGCCUGAUACUGGUUGCGACCUCAGCACCAUGUCCAGCCGAGGAGGAAAGAAGAAGUCGACCAAGACGUCCCGGUCAACCAAGGCCGGGGUCAUCUUCCCCGUCGGACGCAUGCUGCGUUACAUCAAGAGGGGCUUGCCUAAGUAUCGCAUCGGGGUGGGAGCACCCGUCUACCUGGCUGCAGUCCUCGAGUAUCUAACUGCUGAGAUCUUGGAGUUGGCAGGUAACGCAGCCAGAGACAACAAGAAAGGUCGCGUCACACCACGACACAUCCUGCUGGCCAUCGCCAAUGAUGAGGAGUUGAACCAGCUGCUGAAAGGUGUGACUAUCGCAGCAGGUGGAGUCCUGCCCAACAUCCACCCAGAGCUGCUGGCUAAGAAGAGAGGAGCAAAGGGGAAACUGGAGACCCCCGUCUCACCGGCCCCCGAGAAGAAACCCAAACCUGUCAAGAAAUCAGUGACCAAGAAACUGAGUGGGAAAAAAGGAGGAGGGAAGGCUAAGAAACAGGGCGAGGUAAGCAAGGCGGCGUCGGCAGACAGCACCACAGAGGGAUCUCCUGUUGACAGCUUCACUGUACUCUCCACCAAGAGCCUCUUCCUGGGCCAAAAGUUGCAAGUUGUCCAAGCUGACAUUUCCACCGUGGAGAGCGACGCUGUCGUUCACCCGACCAGCUCCGCCCUCUAUACAGGUGGUGAAGUAGGCUCUGCUCUGGAAAAGAAGGGAGGGAAGGAGUUCACUGAUGCGGUGCAGGAGCUGAAGAAGAAAAACGGCCCUCUGGAGGUGGCUGGAGCUGUGUUGACCGGCGGCUUCGGUCUGCCCGCUAAGUACGUCAUCCACUGCAACAGUCCGGGUUGGGGCUCCGACAAGUGUGAGGAGAUGCUGGACAAGACGGUAAAGAACUGUCUGGCUCUGGCUGAUGAGAAGAAACUCAAGUCUGUUGCGUUCCCCUCCAUUGGUAGCGGGAGGAAUGGUUUCCCGAAACAGACGGCGGCCCAGCUCAUCCUGAAGGCUAUCUCCAGCUACUUUGUGGCCACCAUGUCUUCCUCCAUCAAGACCGUCUACUUUGUGCUGUUUGACAGCGAGAGCAUCGGCAUCUACGUGCAGGAAAUGGCCAAGCUGGAGACGAGCUAAGAGUUUGGAGCGUUCGCCUCUUUCCCCCCUUUCCCCCCUCCACUCUGUUUUUUCCUGCGAGGAAAUAAGAAGGUGUUUAUUAGUGAUUUGUUUAAUAUGAAGAGAAGAAGAAAAAGAAGAAUCUUUCUAUAGGCCGGGAACUUGUUUUUGCAUUAUGUUUGUAUUUUUCCUAUAUUGUUUUUAAUUUCUUAUUUACUUGUUGACCUCUGGCGUUUAAAUGUAAAAAGUGCACUGUUCAUUCUGCGGUCUUUUAAUACAAGCAGUGCCACACGAAAACAAGUGGAAAGACUCACAUUAAAACUUAAUUUUCAUGGUAUUUACGGAAAAAACAUGUAAUGAGAAAUAGCUACACCUCAAUUACCAGGCUUCCAGAGAAGUCCAACGAAUACGGGUUAAUGCAUGUAAUGGCAGUAAAGAUAAUAAAAAAAAGCUAUUCUCUUUAUUUUGAUCUAAAAAAAAAAAAAAAAAUCACACAAGACACUUAAUUCAGUGUAUUUUUGGUAUCAGUUGUGCGUUUUGGAACAUCUCUGUUGAUAGUACUGUAAAAUGAGAAGGUAGAGUAUAAAGAAAAGUUCGGUCUGGUCUUCAGGACACUAAUAUAACAGAAUUAUGGAUUGAGUUUUUUGUUUUUGUGUUGUGUGUUGCAAAAUUGUUUCCUCGUGUGCUGCAGAAACCUUGAAUUUCCAGUAAUCAGUUAAAUGAGAUGCCUUUAUACUAUAUAUACUCUUCCUGGUACUAAAGUCAUACGUUCAUACUGUAAACUGGACACCUGUCGGUCGUCAUUUAUGGUGACAAUUAUUAUUUUAUGAUAUAAAAUAGAAUUGGAGACUGGAGGUUUUUGCAGGGCACGGAUGGGUUAUAUUGUGUGUUCCUAUGAGUGUUGAUAUAGAUGGAGUAUUUGUGAAAUGUUAUAGUAAAAAUACUGGACUGUAACAUAGAUUUUUAUUUUAUAUUUUAAUUUUCACACUGAUUCUGAAAGGUAGGCAGGUGAUUUGGAAGCAAAAAGAAAAACAAAGGAAGAGAUCGAUUUUGUGUGUUUUGUCUUUGUUAAGCCAUAAAUCAGUUGUUCUCAUUUUUGCUGGAACAUUGAGGCUUUCUGCUGUUCUGCUUUUUGGUUCGCCCCUUUCAUUCAGCCGCCACUAGAUGGCUCCCUGUGAUCACAAAUUGGAUUUUUUCAUCUCAGCCAUUUUCUAUGCAGCUGCAGGCCUCUUCACAACAGACGCUUGGUUCGAUUUGAGUUGGAUUUGAAUUGGGAUUUGACGGACGUAUACGAGGAACACGACUGCUCUGCUGCAUUUGGACUUUUCAAAAGCCUAACUUUCUUAUAAAAAAGAAAAUGUAAAAUGCUUUCUAAAGAGUUGCUACAAUUGAUGAUUAUACAAAAAAAAAAAAAAGUCUGUAAACACUCCGGUAAUAAAAUAUCUUUAAAAAAAUCA